AUGGCAGGCGUCGCCGACUUCACCGCCAAGGCCAUCGAGCUCCUGCAGCAGGCGACGGAGUCCGACGCCGCCGGGGAGCUCGAGAUGGCCCUGACGUUGUACCGCAAGGCGCUGGACUUCCUCGACGCGGCCAUCAAGUAUGACAAGAACCCCAAGUCGGUAGAAAAGCUGAAAGCCAAGCGCCCGUCGUACGCCGAGCGCGUGGAGCAGAUCGCGCAGGUGGUCGAGGCGCAGCAGCGCAACGCGCGCAACACCCCGACGGGCACGGGCGGCGACGGCGCGGGCCAGAAGCCGCGCGGCGCGGGCGACAACGGGGAGGGCGAGGACGCCGACCUGGCGCGGCUGCGCGGCACGCUCGGCGGCGCGGUGCUCACGGAGAAGCCCAACGUGCGCUGGGCGGACGUCGCGGGGCUCGAGGCCGCGAAGGACGCGCUCAAGGAGGCGGUUGUGCUGCCGGUCAAGUUCCCGCAGUUCUUCACGGGCAAGCGCAAGCCGUGGUCCGGCAUCCUGCUGUACGGCCCGCCGGGGACCGGCAAGAGCUACCUGGCCAAGGCCGUCGCCACGGAGGCCGACAGCACGUUCUUCUGCGUCUCGUCGAGCGACCUCGUCUCCAAGUGGAUGGGGGAGUCGGAGAAGCUCGUGUCGCAGCUGUUCCGCAUGGCCCGGGAGCGGUCUCCGGCGAUCAUUUUCAUCGACGAGCUGGACUCGCUGUGCAGCGCACGCGGGGAGGGGGAGUCCGAGGCGGCGCGGCGCAUCAAGACGGAGUUCCUCGUGCAGAUGCAGGGCGUCAACUCGAGCGACGCGCGCGUGCUCGUCCUCGGCGCCACGAACCUGCCGUACAACCUCGACAACGCCGUCCGCCGCCGGUUCGACAAGCGCGUCCUGAUCCCGCUGCCGGAGUCCGGCGCCCGCGCCAGCAUGUUCAGGAUCCACCUGGGCGACACGCCGCACUCGCUCACGGAGGCCGACUUCCGCGAGCUCGGCCAGCUCACGGAGGGCUUUUCCGGCUCCGACAUCGCCAUCGUCGUCAAGGACGUGUUGAUGGAACCCAUUCGCAUUAUCAAGGACGCCACGCACUUCAAGCGCGUGCCGGCGGGGCCCGGGAUGGCCGAGGACGGCUACGUGGCGUGCGCGCCGGCGGAUCCGGAUCCGACCAAGAUGGAGGCGGGUCUCGAUUGGUUCGUGGAGCACAACAGAGCACACCUGGUGAUUCCCCCCGCGAUCACGCGAGCGCACUUCGAGCGCGUGCUGACGCGGGCGCGGCCGACGGUGAGCGCGGACGACCUCGAGAGCUACGAGAAGUUCACGAGGGAGUUCGGUGAAGAGGGGUCCUGA